ACAGGGACUUGAAAGAAUCUUUGUCAUGCUCUUUUAUUCCUUGGUGAGAGCUACAUAUAACUAGCCUUCUUCAUCAGCAGCUCAUCAGCUUCGAUCUCCUGCAUAUAUAUACAGCUUCUUUUGCUUGUUAUAAAGAUGUGGGCAAGAUUCAGAACUUCCAAGAGAAUUAAGAAAGAUGGAAAGGAAAACAAAGAUGUCAAACAAGGCCUUAACGUGAACGAAGAGUAUCGCCGCGCCAUCAGAACAAAAUCUUACGCUGAUUUCUUCGACAAAGCUCAAUCACUAGUGAAAGAGCCAGAUUCCGCAUCUUUCUGUUACCAUAAAUUCAAUGACAUUCUACUCGAACCAGGCCAGGAAACAAUCUCAACAGUCCUCGGAUCCGCAACCCUUUCGACGAAAUCUGACCUCAAAGACUUAAUCCUCAACUACUUCGACAUAAGUGCCGAGGCCUCAAAGAUCUGCACAAAUCUCCUCAGAAGCAUCAACCAGAUCCAAGGCAAUUACUUGUUCAUCCAACAAAUACUUGACUCCGUUGACGAGCAUUCCUCUCCCGAAAGAUUCUGCAAGAUAAUUUCAGAGCUAGGCUCGUUCAUCAUAUUCAACAACCCGUUUUCGAAUCUCAGCAAACACGACUUCAAGGCCAUCCACGAGAAGUACUCUUCGUUUCUGCAAAACCUAAAACUCAAAAGAAAAAAAGUGGCUAGAAAAAUCAAAUUGAUAAAAUGCUUCAACAAGGCUUCCGGGGUUUGUGUGACUGCGGCUUGUGGAGUUGUGGCGGUUGCAGCUAUGGUUCUAGCUGCGCAUACGCUGACCGCGUUACUCAUGGGACCCGCUCUCUUCAGCCUACCAUUGAAGCCGAUAAAGAAGAAGAUCAUGGACUUUAAGUUUUUGAGGAGUGGCGUUUUGAGCAAAGUUGGUGAGCAGCUUGAUGUGGCGGCUAAGGGCACGUAUAUUUUGAACAGAGAUUUCGAUACGAUGAGUCGGCUUGUGGCUAGGCUUCAUGACGAGAUUGAACAUAACAAGACAAUGAUUCAGUUCUUUUUGGAUAGGAAGGAACAUACAUUUGCUUUGCAAGUGGUGAAGGAGCUGAAGAAGAAUGAUGUAGGGUUCAGGAAACAGGUUGAGGAGCUUGAAGAGCAUGUUUAUUUGUGCCUUGUGACCAUCAAUAGGGCAAGAGCUUUGGUGAUUAAGGAGUUUGGAACAAAGUGCGUAGGCAUCAAAUGAGUUGUAUGUGUGUAGAUUAUUCUUUCGUUUUGUAAAUGCUAGCUUGUGAAUAUAUAAGUCUAACUCCAUGUAAUUUGUUGGAAUACACAUGAUUAUAUUA